CGAUGUGGCCAACGGACGAUGGAUCCAGUGGCGCCGCGACCUUUCCUUCGGCACGGACCUGUACAAAGCGGGGCUCACGCAGCUGAUCACACACAGCACCUUUUACCAGUGCGGCCUCGGGGGCGCCAGCGCGUUCCUGUCGUACAUGGUCUUUCGCAGCGUGGUCCUGAAUACCAACCUCUACAACAACUUAUCCUGCGAACAAAAAAAAAAACGUUUCCACCACGUAAGCAAGACAUUUUUGUAUUCUCCCACGCACGUAUCAUGAACUUCGCACACAACCGCGAAGAACGUGCCCCCGUAUAAAUCAAAGAGAAAUAAAUUGCUGCUCGGUAGGCGACGUGUGUGUCUUCUAUGUCUGCUCCGCCGGUACUUUGUAAUCAUCGCUAGUAACAACAAACUCGGUUUCACAGUUCUUCUCGAGCACGCGCGUUGAAAAGGGCCUCCCUGUGGUUACGUGGCGAGGUGGACGUUUUUCCAAAGAAUAAAGCCAAAAGCUAUUCCCGACGACUCCCUGGAUUGUGCGGGCCACCGAGGAUACGUUUGAGCCCCUGCUGAAGUUCGACGCGGCAAAGGGCGGUCUGCCGGCCCUGUUCGACCUAAUCCAGACGCAGUGGCCGUUUUUCGCCAACAUCGGCUCCACGCAGGGCAGCGUCAUUCAGGGGGACCUGCUUAGUAUCGGGUACCAGUUGCAGAUUCCCCCGGAUUGGACCAAGGAGGAUGAGCGCGAUAUGAACGAAAUGCAGAUCGCCUUGUCGCUCCGCAUAUCCGGCGCAACAGUAUUCAUUCUUUUUCUGCGUUUAUUAUUUGCGGGUGGUGCCUACGGCAAGGCCUCCGCAUGACGCUACGGUCCGAAGGCAGCGUGCGACGCUCCGGUCUGAAGUGCGGUGCAGUUCACCGGGGGCAGUAAGGGCUUCGCACGACGCUGCAGUCGUAUAUAUUUCGCACAACGUUAGAGCGCUAAGUGCUUCGCACUGCUUUAGCUGCUUAAGUGCUGCGCACUACUUUAGGGCGCUAACUGCUUCGCACUACUUAAGCUGCUUAAGUGCUUCGCACGACUUUAGGGCGCUAAGUGCUUCGCACUACUUUAGCCGCAUAAGUGCUUCGUACGACUUUAGGGCGCUAAGUGCUUCGCACUAGUUUAGCUGCUUAAGUGCUUCGCACUACUUUAGGGCGCUAAGUGCUUCGCACUACUUUAGCUCCUUCAGUGCUUCGCACCACUUCAGGGGGCUAAGUGCCUCGCACUACUUUAGCUCCUUAAGUACUUCGCACUACUUUAGGGCGCUAAGUGCUUCGCACUACUUUAGCUCCUUAAGUGCUUCGCACUACUUUAGGGCACUAAGUGCUUCGCACUACUUUAGCUGCCUAAGUGCUUCGCACUACUUUAGGGCACUAAGUGCUUCGCACUACUUUAGCUGCCUAAGUGCUUCGCACUACUUUAGGGCACUAAGUGCUUCGCACUACUUUAGCUGCUUAAGUGCUUCGCACUACUUUAGGGCGCUAAGUGCUUGGCGAGAAGUCAAUUCCUUCCUGCGAGGUUCGCAAAUCUGCAUAAGGAAGUUAGGGCCUAAAUGAACAAGCUAAAGCGCAGAAAAUGAUCCGAAAUACUUUUGCCAUGCAUGCCGCAAACGGAUUCACACGGACAUGGUCAUGCGCCUGUUGCACCACGACCGAGAAGCGGACCCCCGCAUGCGGCCGGGAGCGUGCAGCAAACGCAUGCCGGCCAUGCCUGAGGGGAAAAACGUGGAGACCGAGCGCGAAGCCCGGCUGGAGAGGCUCCGAGGACAGCGGCCGGGCGUCACGGACAACCUGAUCUUCGACCUGCGGGACGAGGCCGCGGAUUCGGACGCAGCCGGUUCCCCGUUUCUCGGCAUCGAAACAGCGACGCGUGAGGCGGAUAAUGCUGGAUUGAGUAACGACCUGCCUAAGGACGAAGAUGAUAUCACACGGAAAAAAAUUUCUACUACCGUGCCAUGGUGAAAAAUAUGAAAAGAAUCGAUACAGGUAUAAAGAAAAUCUGUCAGCGUAGCUGACAGCCGCUCGCAGCAAGCUCUAAUGGAACACUAUGCACCGGACAACUGCAGGUCAGAAGAAAAAUACGCUAUGCUGCAGAAUUCGCAUGUACUAAAAUCAUUCUGCAUUAUUUCGUACGGUAUUUGUACGUUUCGCCACGAUAGUAUCUUCAGAAGAGGCAAGAAGUUACAGUAAACUGAAGCGUGAGAUGCGGAUCUUGCGGUCGCAGAAGUUCCGGCAGGCCACGCUGUACCUGGCAGCGGCCUACAGUGUGCUGUUUUUUGACGCGCCGACCAUUCGGGUGGUCGACACGGAGCACGCGGAACUGCUGCACAAGGAGGGGCAGCGGCUGAUUACCAUGGCAGAAGAGUGCGUGCGGGACGCCUUUGUGCCCUACGAGCGGCGGUUGCGGCAGUUGCUGGAAACGCCCUUCAUUUUUCCGGCGAUCCUGGGCCUGCUCGAAACCGGCACGCCCAACGUGCUUCGCGAGCGCGUGCACACCAUCCCGGCAACGGACAGCCUGAGCAACGUGGUGCGGGCGACAGGGAAAUUGAUGUGCACCGAACCGUUUUGGCUCCGGUUGGUCGAGAGCCUGCCCGCGGUAGACCCGCUGGGAGGCGGUGGAACUACAGGUCGUGCAGACAGCCAGGUACUAGGCGCGUCUGGGAUGAUGAAAGAAAGAAAAACAACCGUCAAGGCAGUAGCAGAACGGAUAGGUACAAGCAGUAGCGCGCAGCUGGUACAAAAGUCGCCAGCCGGGACAAGAAAGAGGACCUCUAAUACUUCUAUAUCCAGUGCCGGAGCUGCUGUAACAAAAUCUGCGGCGAGCCACCACUGCGGUCGCGCAGCAAAACAUGCAAUUUCUUCUACGCCGGCACUGCACGGCGCCUGCCGCGAGUUCGCGCCCGUCGCAGACCAAGUUUCCGCCCGCAGAGCGUUUCGACGUAGACGACAGGCCACCGCCGGCCACAAUCUUCCCGGGCUCAGCACGAUGGCGGACUUGACCGCCCCGGAAUUCUGGGACAGCCUGCGGCCGCACGAGGAGACAAGUGAGGAAGGAAUUUCAAUAGUAGGAGGAAGGACAACAUCUUCUGCUGCAAUAGACGGUGUUGUGACUACUACUGCUCCAACGUCGAAAACUCCGCAGCUGCACGGUAGCAUUUCUAGUACUUCCGCGCCCCUCCACAUAGUCGAGGUUGGCACGCACACCGGCGACUGCACGCUCUACGCGUGGCAGAAGUUUGGGAAGCAGGUACAGGUCACCGGGUUUGAGCCGAACCGGCUGGCGCAGCAGACGUUCAAGCGGUCCAUCUUCGGCCACGGGGCGGAGCAAAGUAUGAAGGUGGAGCACAUGUUGGUCGGCAACGACGAGCAGCCGGGACAGAAGAAGUCGCUGUAUUUCCCCACCACGCGGACCGCGGAAACGUUUCUGGACACGGAGAACAGUUGCGCCAGCGGCCGGACGGACUGCGAACACGAUGUGGUCAGUGUGACCUUGGACUACUACUUUCGAAGAGGGACGUAUAGUGCCGAUGGUGGAACAAGUGGAACUACUGGACAAGAGCAGGACGUGGACAAUAAAAACGCACCAGUAAAAAUAUUGAACCAGAACCACCUUCCGAAGAUCGACAUUCUGAAACUUCAUUGCCAAUUCUGCGAGCUCAACGCGCUGAAAGGUGCGAAGGUGCUGCUGCAGAAAAACGAGAUCUGCGUGGUGCUAGCGCGCCCCGCGAUGAUGUCGACGGAGCGGAUUUUCUCUUCGGCGGACAAAUUUUGGCGGAAACGAAGAGAAGAACUACUGGAAAAGGAGCAAGCCGCUGAUACCGCUCCUGCCGAGCCAGAUAUCAUUCUCAACGGGGAGAGAAUUCCAAAGCCGGCGGCGAAAAAACUGAUUGACCCCGUCCCGCUAAAUGCGGUCGAGAAGCUUUCGGAAGCGCAGCUGGCGCAGCAGAAAAUAGAGGAGGAGAAGGAAAGAAUCAUGGACCGGCAGAUUGAUCGGGAGUUCGACGACGCAACCCGGCCGCAGGUGCGGAAAUUGCUGCACGAGGUACUGCACAAGCACCUACUCGAGAACAACUACGAGCUGUAUUUAGUCGACGAUCCGCUUUUUCUGAAGGAUCCGAUGCGACUGACGGAGUUCAACAUUCAGGAACAGAAAAUCGCAAACGUCACCAAACUGGAGCAGCGCAACGCGGAGCAGUUUCUGGUGAACCGCAUGGUGGACAAGAUCAAGCUCCGCCGGUAUCCUGUGUAAAAACGUCCCCACCCCAGAGUCAAGUUGGGAAUUCUGCAACACAGAUCCAGAAGUUUCGGAAGUCACGCAUGACAAGUUUUUCUCUGUACUGUAAUGCGGGUUAGCAAGGACAACCGCAUCACAAAUCCAUCCUGGUAUCCUGUUUACAGCUUCACAAAUUGCAUAACACGAUUGAAAAUGCCUCUCAUGGAAAUGCGCAUUACAAGUUUUUCUGUGAUUGUAAUUCUGCAUGACAACUCUAGGGUGGGGACGUUUUUACAGAGGAUAGCCAGUUCCCGCCAAACUUGAACGACUUCGAGGAAAGACUAGACCCGAGCGAGGGGUAUGCAUUGCAAAAAUGUCUGGAUCUGGAAACUUGUGAUGCUAAAAUGUGGAUGUUGGAAACAGUUCCGAAUGCAACACAGCAUGACAACUUUUGAGAACGCUUUCUCAUAGGAAAUCCGCAUGAGAAACUACGUUUUUGCAUGUACGAAAGAGGCUGCGACUUUUGUUGGCUAUGCAAUACAGAUUUCCUAAGUAUGGAGAGCUAGCAUUACAAGUUGCAACCUUCCAGACCCAGACAUAUUUGCAGUUGAUAAGGGGCUGCUGGUGGCGAUUUCUAGAAAAUUGCCUCGGUGUCGGAGGUGGCACGAAAGUCUGCAGCGGGUCUUCACCCGACAAGUCCGGGACGCCCAACUCGGAUUGAGGAAAAGCACGGAUGCGUGGGCGGUCUGAGAAGUGGUGCAGCUGGUUCGUUGUACCUUUUAUUGCGCAGACUGACACCAGUCCGCUAGAGUUAGAGAAUCAAUAGGAAUGCUCAAGAAAUAAAUGGAGCUGCGGCCCACAAAAUAAUUGGUACUAGCCAGAAGAUUCAUCUGGCGCGGUCGUUUGCUGUAUGAUCCUCUGCAACGUGUUGACCGGCUGUAGUGGUUCAGGUGCGUUUUAAUGAACUUUUAACUCGGAGGUAAUUUCUGCACGACCUUGGAAAAUGACUGACAGCUCUGCGUUCAAUGCAUAGGUAAAAACCAGAUGUAGAGAAAUGUGAAAUGUACUCGACAGCAGGAU